GCCGUCUCCUGAAUCAACCUCUCAUGCGGUCAAAGUAGGCCAUAUUCUGAUGUUUCUGUGGAUGUAACAUACCCACUGCAACCCUUGAUGCACGAAACUUUACAGAAAGACAACACGAAGACUCACGAGGCCCAGAUGGCCUUGAGAUUUAUGGAUACAUAGUUCGAAGGUGGAUUGGUCCUGAGCUCGGAAUUUCUUGAUUAGUCUCUGGCUCGAUGCUUUGCCUGUAUGUUUGAGGAAUCGUGGGAGCUGGGAGCUUUUGAAUGGUGAUAUGUAAGAGAUGUAGUAUCGGCUGAACUUAAGUCGCGUUAUGAAGGCCUUUUCCUCUGGUGUUAGAGACUAUCAUUUCGAUGCGAUGUCUCUGACUCUUAUUCUGAAUCGUUUACGAGCUAUGCAAGCAAUACGAUCACGAGUGUAUCAUAGCCCUUCUGAACUCUUCCUGAAGGUGAUGAGGUUAUCCAAGAGCCCCAGGCUCAGUCAGAUUUGUGUCUUGUCUUUAACCCAAGAGCGCACACCUCACCCUGUUCUCACAAGGAUCAUCAUCUUCGAUCGUUUUUACUCUCAUUAUUCUCAUUGUUUAUCCAACCUCUCGUUCGUUAAGGUCUUUGGAAAACUGGAUUCAACCACCCUAUUUUAUUGAAGCUUCCUCAAAGGUUUCGCCGCUGUCGUUCUUUUUCGGCUUAGGGAGGUGCGACUCAAUAUUUAUAACAUCUUUCUCGCUCAAAAUUCUUUGAUCCUAGGGGCAGAUCGCGUU